UCAUCUUCAGCUGCUACGCCCCUCGAGGUAAAAACCUUUCAGCCCAGGGCCUCCUCGACUUCAUCCAGAAGGAGCAAAUGAACAGUCAGGCAGACAUGAAGGCUGUGGAACAGAUCAUUGAAAACUACGAGAUUAAUAAAACAGUCAAAUCUAAGAAAUCAAUGACAUUCGGAGGAUUUCUCAGAUACAUGGAGUCCGAGGACUGCUCAGUGAACAACAAAGACCAUAAAAAAGUGUAUCAUGACAUGGACUGGGCUCUGUGCCAUUACUUUAUAUCAUCCUCACACAAUACAUACCUGACAGGAGACCAGCUGGUAGGAAAAAGCCAUCUGCAUGCAUAUGUAAGUGCCCUGAGGAGAGGCUGCCGCUGCUUGGAAAUCGACUGCUGGGACGGGCCAGAUCAGGAGCCUGUCGUUUAUCAUGGCUACACUUUAACCAGCAAGAUCCUCUUCAAGGAAGUCAUUGCCACAAUCGAGCAGCAUGCUUUUGAGGUAUCCCCUUACCCAGUUAUCCUUUCCCUGGAGAACCACUGCACGCCCCUGCAGCAGGAGAUGAUGGCUGAAUACCUGAAAACAAUCCUGGGGGAGAAACUGCUUGACAUGACAAUCAAUGACACCUUUGCCAAGGAGCUGCCUUCCCCUGAGGAGAAGAAGAUAGCAUUGGCAAUGGCACUGUCCGAUCUCGUCAUUUACACAAAGUCGGUCCAUUUUGUCAGCUUCAAGCAUUCUAUCGCAAAUCAGAAGUUUUAUGAAAACACUUCACUUGCGGAGGCCAAAGCACGCAAACUAGCCAUGAACUCAGGUGCAGAGUUUGUGCUCCACAACAUGAAGUUCAUCACAAGGAUAUACCCUGCAGGCUCCAGGGCCCUCUCUUCCAAUUAUAACCCGCAGGAGUUCUGGAACGUUGGCGCACAGCUGGUGGCAUUGAAUUUCCAGUCCCUCGGAGAGGCUAUGGAUCUGAACAGGGGCAAGUUUCAAGACAAUGGAAACUGCGGCUAUGUUCUCAAACCACACUUUAUGAGAGUUAGUGAGAAACCCUUUGAUCCAAAUGCUUUUCAGCCAGAUUUCAAGGCGACUAAUCUGCUAGUGAAGGUUAUAAGUGGAUACAGCCUGCCAGUGCCCAGGGGCUCCAAAGGUAUAGAUCCCUACGUGCGUGUGGAGAUACAUGGAGUCUCUGCUGACAAUGCGAAAAAACAGACAAAUCAUGUAAAACAAAAUGCCAUGAGUCCGCGAUGGGAUGAGACCAUGACCUUUGCCAUACAGGUGCCGGACCUAGCCUUGGUGCGCUUCAUUGUGGAAGAUCAAAAUGCAAUUAUGGCAAAUGAAUUCAUUGCUCAGUACACCCUGCAUCUUACCAGCAUGAACCCAGGAUACCGCUGGGUCCCUUUGCUUUCUAAGGAAGGCAUCAGUCUUGACCCCGCAUCAUUGUUCAUUUACGUGUGGUUCAGCUAG